AUGAGACUUGAAAUCUUCCGUAGGUAGUGCAUUUCUUGCCAUUUUUAUUAGACUCCCUCCUGGACUGUCUCCCGAAAUCGCCUAUACACUGCCAUGUCGACACAAUCUUUCUCCCAAUCGUUUCUCUCCUCCACAAACCCAAGUUCUUCCCCAUCCCCUCCCGCUGCGCCACCCUUAAAUUUAUCCGCAAAGACGGAGAAGAAGCUGCAAGGAUGGCAACAUAGUGCUGCCGGAAGUAUGGGCGGUAUGACUGGCGCCAUUGUCACUUCUCCAUUUGACGUGGUCAAAACCCGUCUGCAGUCAGACAUGUUCAGGCAUUCAUCUGACGAAGGUGUACGACAUGCGGCGGAGGUGGCCAAGAAGGGUGGUAGUAGUGGAGGUGUGAGGGGUGUCAUGUGGCAAUUUGUGGAUACCGUAUAUCUAAUCAAGCGGAUAGCUGUGGAGGAAGGUUGGAGAGCUCUUUACAAGGGCUUAGGACCUAGCUUGGUCGGUAUUAUCCCUGCUCGAGCAAUCAACUUUUACUUUUAUCCAACAUCCAAAGUCUACCUUGCCAAGCAAUUUCCUAAUGCGCCCACUGAGAAACCAGGACAAACAGCAGAGGAUAGUCCGGUUAUUCACUUGGGUGCGGCAGUCGUAGCUGGUAUCAUGACAAGUACUGGAACAAAUCCUAUUUGGGUGGUGAAAACUAGACUGCAGCUUUCGGCGAGAAAAAAGGAGACGGGCGUCGUUUCGGCAAAAUCAGGAUCGAUUUUGCCCAAACCCAUAGCCGCCUCUGCUGCCUCCCUUGCUAGCCAGGCCUCUACGCCCAUCACUGCAGCAGCAGCAUCGGCGGCGUCGACCAGGACAGUUGCCAGGUCGUCUUUGACUCCCGCUUUCUCAAUGACGAUGGAUAUUAUAAAAAAGGAAGGUAUCAGAGGGCUGUAUAGAGGUUUAUCGGCCAGUUAUCUGGGUGUCUCUGAGGGAGUGAUCCAGUGGGUCUUGUAUGAACGAUUCAAACGAUUAAACGCCGCGACCACGACAGGUCUUGAAUCCCAACCUCUCCUCUCCUACAUCCCUCAUAUCGUGGGCGCCUCGGGCGGUGCCAAGGCGGUCGCAUCUCUUAUCACGUAUCCCCAUGAAGUCAUCCGAACACGUCUUCGUCAACCUGCCCUUCCUGAUGGCACCGUCAAGUACAAGGGGUUGCUGCAGACGCUGAAGCUCGUUUGGAUGGAGGAGGGCGUGGGUGCAUUGUAUGGCGGUUUGACGGCGCAUUUGUUCAGGGUGGUACCGAACGCUGCCUGUAUGUUCUUGAUCUAUGAGCUGGUGGCUGCCAAGUUGGGCGCGUGAUACCCCGACUGAAAACGCAGAUCUGCAAGGAGAAGGAUUUUAAAAGGGGGCGUGAUGGAUACGUCUCUCGAGUCAGAUAUCACACCACUCGAACCUUGAUUCCAUAAAUAGAUAGAUAGACUCAUCUCUCAAUUUUGUCAAAGCCUAGUGUAACAUUACAUUCAUAUAUUAUUGCCCUGCAUGCAGAUACCCU